CGAUUUGCUCAGACCAUGAUCUUUGCCAUCGAGGAGAUCAACAACAGUGACAUUCUGCUUCCGAAUGUCUCUAUUGGAUAUCGUAUCUACGACAACUGCGGCUCGACUCUGUCCUCCAUGCGUGCGGCCAUGGCCCUGAUGAACGGUCAUGAGAGGACGGUGGGAAAGACCUGCUCUGGCCAAUCAGCAGUCCACGCCAUCAUCGGAGAGUCAGAGUCCUCCUCCACCAUAGUGAUGUCACGCACCACAGGCCCAUUCCAAAUACCUGUGAUCAGCCACUCUGCCACAUGCGAGUGCCUAAGCAGCAGGAAGGAGUAUCCUUCUUUCUUCAGAACCAUCGCCAGUGACCUCUAUCAGAGCAGAGCCCUGGCCCAGCUGGUCAAGUACUUUGGCUGGAGCUGGGUGGGAGCGGUCAAUAGUGAUAGUGACUACGGUAAUAACGGCAUGGCUAUCUUCCUGGCUGCAGCCCAGGAGGAGGGCGUCUGUGUGGAAUACUCAGAGAAGUUCAGCCGGACGGAGCUAGGGAAGCUGUUAAAGGUUGUGGAUGUGAUCCGAGCGGGGACGGCCAGGGUGAUCGUAGGCUUUCUGGCCCACGUGGAGAUGAACAACCUGCUGGAGCAGCUCAGUCUGCAGAACAUCACCGGCCUGCAGUUUAUUGGUGUGGAGGCCUGGAUCACUGCAGACAGCCUGGUCACCCCUACUAGCUACAGUGUGCUGGGGGGUUCACUGGGUUUUGCUGUCCAGAAGACCAACAUUAGCGGCUUCUUCGACUUUGUGACAAAGCAGUUCUGGGAGACGGCAUUUCAAUGCACAGAGACAAGCCACCAGGAGAAUGCAACGCUGAGUAGGCCUUGUAGUGAGAGUCAGGAUCUGAUGGAGCUGAGAGGUUAUAAUGCAGAUGUGGAAGAGCUCAGAUACUCUAGUAAUAUCUAUAAAGCCAUAUAUGCAGUGGCCCACUCUCUGCACAUCUUGCUGAAGUGCAAAGCGGAACGCGGAUGUGAUCAAAAUGUGAAAACUGAACCUUGGCAGGUAGUGGAGUCUCUGAAGCAGGUGAAUUUCACUAUAAAGACGGGGGACCAGGUGUGGUUUGACAGUACAGGUGCUGCAGCAGCCGUGUAUGAGGUGGUGAACUGGGCCAGAGGGGCAGACGGAAGCGUCCAGUUUAAACCAGUGGGUUACUAUGAUGCCUCCCUACCCCCUGGACAACAGUUUGUCCUCAGGACAGAGGACAUCAUGUGGCCUGGGGGGCAUCAGAUGCCCGUGUCAGUGUGCAGUGAGAGCUGUCCCCCAGGCACUCGUAAGGCUGCACAGAAAGGAAAGCCUGUCUGCUGUUAUGACUGUAUCCCAUGUGCAGAGGGAGAGAUCAGCAACGCUACAGAUUCUAAUGGCUGCGUACACUGCCCUGAGGAGUACUGGUCAAAUCCUGGCAGAGACAUGUGUAUAUUAAAGGCUAUUGAGUUCCUGACCUUUACUGAGGUCAUGGGGAUAGUACUUAUGCUUUUCUCCUUGUUUGGAGUGUUUCUAGCUGUGCUUGUGGCUAUUCUCUUCUUGAUAAAGAAGGACACUCCCAUCGUCAGGGCCAACAACUCUGAGCUGAGCUUCCUGCUGCUCUUCUCCUUGACUCUGUGUUUUCUGUGUUCUCUUACUUUCAUUGGCCGGCCCUCUGAGUGGUCCUGUAUGCUGCGCCACACAGCGUUUGGGAUCACCUUCGUCCUCUGCAUCUCUUGUGUUCUGGGGAAAACAAUAGUGGUGUUGAUGGCCUUCAGGGCUACAAUUCCAGACAGUAAUGUCAUGAAAUGGUUUGGGCCUCCACAGCAGAGACUCAGUGUUCUGGCUUUCACUCUCAUACAGGUCCUGAUCUGUGUUCUUUGGUUAACAGUCUCCCCUCCUUUCCCCUACAAGAAUAUGAAGACCUAUAAGGAAAAGAUCAUUCUAGAGUGUGAUGUGGGUUCAGCUCUUGGUUUCUGGGCUGUGUUGGGGUAUAUAGGACUCCUGGCUCUCUUGUGCUUUGUGCUGGCUUUUCUGGCUCGAAAGCUGCCUGAUAACUUCAAUGAGGCCAAAUUCAUCACCUUCAGCAUGCUCAUAUUCUGUGCAGUCUGGAUCACCUUUAUCCCAGCUUAUGUCAGCUCUCCUGGGAAGUUCACUGUAGCUGUGGAGAUCUUUGCUAUUCUGGCCUCUAGUUAUGGGUUGCUUUUCUGUUUAUUUGCACCUAAAUGUUUUAUAAUCCUGUUUAAACCUGAGCUAAAUACCAAGAAACACAUGAUGGGGAAAAUGAAAUAAAAACAUGUA